AUGUCUUGCACGCGCUGGGGUUGCAAGGCAGCUUGCAAAGAGCAACGGCUUGCAGCGGCGAACGCUGGGGCUGCCUUCGUGGGGGGGGCCCCUGCGCUCGCUGCCUUCGAUGCCGCCGCUUUUGCUCCCCUCAGCUCCGCUAGCGAGAACGCCGCUGCCCCCAAAGUUCGCGGAGGAGCGAAGUCUGUGCGCGUCCCCCCUCACGAGGUUCAGCAAGGCUGUCUCCGCGCAGUCGUCGAGGUUGUGCCCUGUAACAAGGCAGUCAGCUCCCAGAGAAAGGGCCCCCCGUUCGAAGGCUUGUCUUCGGAAAACGCCACAGUAGGUGCAAUAACUGCUGAACUCCUUUUUGCCGCUGCUGCUGCUACCGCUGCCCACGUCGGGGCCUCCCCUGCUGCUGCGCGCGCCGCUCGAGCAGAAGCAGCGGCGGGAAUGUGGCGUGGAUUCGCCAGCAUUACAGCUAGCGAAGCACGCCAGGGGAACAUACUGCUUGUGGACGGACGGCGAGUGGAAGUGAUGGAAUUUCGGCUAGUCAAGUCUGGCCGUGGUGCAGCAUCCGUCUCGCUUAGCUACGUCGACCUCGAAAGCCUUAAAAGUGGCACUCAGACUUUUUCCGUGCAGAAAAAGCUCGAGAAAAUCCAUCCCGAAAAGCAGCUCCUUCACCUCAUGUACGUUGACACUUCCAAUGGGGCGGUUGUGAUGGCCGACGAGAAGUUCGAUGAGGUUACUAUCCCUCUGCGCCUCUUUGGGGGCCCCGCUGUUGCGGAGCAUUUGACGCCGGAGAUGCAACUGGCGGUGUGGAUGCACGAAGGGGAGCCCAUCAAAGUGCAGCUGCCUCCUUCAGUCCUCACCGUUUUGCGGUGA